UUGCAUGCGACUUACAGUUCCAAUCGUCAACAAGCCGCGAAUGUGAUUGCAUCGUGAAGUAAAUCGGAGCAAUGAGUUGUUACCAUCAUAUUCGUUAAAAUUCAUAAAAAAAGUUAUCCUAAGCUGAGCAGAUAACCAUAGUUUAAAAAAUGGCUAAAAACGACAAUUGUGAGAUCAGUAUGGAUAAUCAAAUUCACUCCAAAGAUCAAGAUGCAGAGUCAGGCAUUUCCAACGAACACAGAGAAUCAAUGAGCAAAGCUGCCGAAUCAAGCCCAUUUGCUGGCGUUCUCGACGUCCUUGCAAGAAACAAACCGAUACUGGACGUACUAUCGUCCCAGUGCGUGGCCAUGACGAGUCGCAUCCAAGGAUUCCACAUGGCACCGGAUUCGAAGAACUUCUCGGACAUUGCGUACAACUUCCUGGUCGGAGCCGACGGAAAUAUCUACGAAGGUCGAGGUUGGGACAAACGAGGUGCUCAUACCAGAGGAUUUAACAAGGACAGUAUCUGCAUCGCAUUCAUCGGAACUUUUAACGACGAGGAAGCUUCGGAACCACAACUAAAAGCCGCCCGUCGACUGAUCGCCAUGGGAGUGGAACAGGGGAUGAUCGACCCACGCUAUCGACUGUACGGACAACGGCAACUGGCGCCGUUUUCAAGCCCUGGCAAAAAGUUGUAUCAGCAGAUUAAAGUAUGGCCAAAUUGGUCGAGCGAACUGGGACCGAGGCACUGGGAAAGUGAGAUGGGAUGAUGCUGUAAUAAUCUGUAUAAAAAAAUAAAAUAAUCUCGAAAAACACACACAAAAGAUUUAAAAAGAUUAUAGCUUAAUAUAAUUCCAUAGCAAUUAUACACGGAAUUUUCAAUUAUAUUUACUGGCAGGAAAUUCACUUAAACUGAAUUCUGUCGAUUAGAGCGUGUUCAGAGAAACUAAAUCUAUCAUACCUUGACAAAACUAAAGCGUUAUUUGACAUCAACUUCAAACAAGCCGAGUUGUGGAAUCUGUUAUAAACAAAACAAUCAACUUCAUAAUUGUUGUGAUAUAAACGAGGUGAACUAAUCACAACAAAACUAUUAAAACUUUAUUAAAAACUGCUUCCAAAAAAUGUUAAAUGUGUUCGGGCAGUGGCCUCAAAGGAAGUGAUCGACGAUGACUUGCUCCUCUCUCUCGAUCCACGUCAGCAUCGACGAGCAUGACAGCUGUCACGCAGUGAGCCAUCGCAGACGAUUCGUGGCAUCGUCAGGGUGGUCCUCCAACAAUAAU